AUGAGCUAUUUCCGUAUUACACUUAUGCGAUCCGCAAUCGGUCUUCCCCGACGAACAACAAACGUCCUGAAAGCUCUCGGACUGAAGAAGCGCAUGGCCACAGUCUUCUACCCUGUCUCGCAAUCGGUAGCCGGUCAGAUUAUGAAAGUGAAGGAGCUUGUUGAUGUUCAAGAGGUUGAUCGGGCGUUGACGAAACAAGAGGUGCAUUUGGAGCGAAAGCCGGACCCAGGAUACUACAUUGAGCGGACGGCGGCGAGUGAACGGACCUAG